GCCUCGCCUCCCAAAACCCUACGCCAAGCGCGCAGGCGGAGCUCAGCCAGAGUCAGAACCUUGCGUCUAGGGUUGCCGCCAUCAUGGCCUCCUCCCCCUCCGACAUCGCCCUCAAGGCUGCAUUCGACGGGAAUCUCAGCCUCCUCAAGAAGAUGGCGACCAAGGUGGACCUGCGGGGAGCCAAGGACGCGAAGGGGAAUACCGCUCUUCAUUUCGCUGCUUUCAAGGGCUAUCUGCAGAGCUGCCGGUUCCUGGUGGAAGAAUCUGGGAUUGAUGUCAAUUCACUGUCAAAAACAGGUGCGACACCGAUGUCCUAUGCCGCUCUAGAGGGGAAUGUCCAGGUUAUGAGGUACCUUCUCGACCGCGGUGGCGACCCUGCCAUGCCCGACGAGAGGGGCUCCACUGCGCUGCACCAUGCAGCACUGCGUGGACACUGUGAGGCUGUAAGGCUGUUGCUGUCCAAAGGAGUUCCUGUGGAUCCUGUUGAUCAUCGGGGGGCGCCAUUACACAUGGCUGCUUCAAAAGACCAUGUUGAGGUUGUGAAGGUUCUGCUGGAGCAUGCUGCUGAUUUCAACAAAGUGGCCAAUCACAUCCUUUCACCCCUCCUGGUGGCUUGCUGUGGGAAGUCCUUGAAAUGCAUCAAACUACUGAUUGAGGCUGGUGCUGAUGUGAAUGCUUCUAGUUACUCUGCACAAACUCCUUUAACACAAGCUGUUGAAGAUGGCUUAACCGAUAUUGUCAAUUUGCUUCUAGAGGCUGGAGCUGACCCUAACAUUCCUAACCAGCAUGGUGUAACUCCAAUCGAGAAAGCAGCAUCUUAUCGUCGACGUGAGCUUGUGGAAGUUUUAUUUCCUAGGACAAAACCUAUUCCAUCUCUGCCAGAUUGGAGUGUUGAUGGGAUAAUUAGAACCGUGAAUUCUCUUCAGGAUGCAUUUUCGGUGGAAGAAAGAAUUGCUUUUUAUAAGUCACAAGGAAAGGAGGCAUUUGCAAAGGAGGACUACCUUACAGCAAUAUCCUCGUAUGACCAGGUACUUGACAUAAACCCACUUGACGCCUCCAUGAUUGCCAACCAGAGCCUCUGCUGGCUGCGUAUGAGACAUGGGGGUCGUGCUCUGGAAAAAGCGCGCAAGUGCAGAAUGAUGCGGCCCGGUUGGUCCAAGGCCUGGUACCGUGAAGGCGCAGCCCUCAGCUUCAUGAAGGACUAUGAGGACGCUGCUGACGCGUUCCGAGAGGCGCUGCAGCUAGACCCUAAGAGUGAAGAGAUUAGGGAAGCACUGAGGAAGGCCGAGAAGGCUGCGGAGGAGUCGCGGCGUGUGUAAUAUAAGUAACCGCAGAUGCUGGGUCGCUCAGAGAGUAGGAACAACGGAAACUCUGCCUUGUUUCCUCUCACAUCUCCCUGUGAUAUCCCUUUAACGGCUGCUAAGUACCCUACUAGUACUACUAAUUGCUAGGACUGUUCGUGUGUUAGGAUGUCUUGCGCUCGCAAGCUAAACCAGUUUCAAGCUGUGUGCUCGAUCAUGGGUCUCCAUUUUGACAGCUUACGGCAACGAGACCUCAUGUUUUUGGCA